UAAAAAAAUACCAGUUCAAAAGCCAUAGGUAAGAAAGAUCCACAAAGACACAGAGUUCUCCAUCUAUCCGUCGUAAACAAAUUGCAAUCAUCCUGACCGUCCGAUUUAGGUUUUUCAGACCAACCUAUUUGAUAUAAAACCUAAACCCCGAGAAUUCAUCUUCUUCGCCAUUCUCAAAGUUUUCAGUUUCUCUUUCCGUCCUCCUCCAGAAAACCCAAGUCUGAAUCGAAGAGGUUAAAGUGACGGCACCGUCGCUGUCCGCCUUGGCAGAGCCCUAGCAGCUUCGUCUUGGCCCUCAUUUUUGGCCCCCCACUCGAAAAAAAGAAGAAAUCUCUUCAGUUCAAUUCUAGGGUUUUAGCUCUCUUGUUGCUGUGUUCCGUAAAGUAUUAGGAAGAAUCUGCUAACUCUGCGAAAAUGGUGAACAAACCCUCCAAGGCUGAUAAGAAGAUCGCUUAUGACUCGAAGCUUUGCCAGCUUCUGGAUGAGUACACCCAAGUACUGGUGGCGGCGGCCGACAACGUGGGGUCGAAUCAGCUCCAGAACAUUAGGAAAGGUUUGAGGGGUGACUCUGUGGUGCUUAUGGGAAAGAAUACCAUGAUGAAGAGGUCUAUCAGAGUCCACGCUGAGAAGACCGGCAACCAAACCAUACUUAACUUGAUCCCUCUCCUUGUUGGUAAUGUUGGAUUGAUCUUUACCAAGGGUGAUUUGAAGGAAGUGAGUGAGGAGGUCGCAAAAUACAAGGUUGGAGCACCUGCUCGUGUUGGUCUUGUGGCUCCAGUUGAUGUUGUUGUACCACCUGGCAACACUGGACUCGAUCCAUCUCAGACCUCUUUCUUCCAGGUCCUCAACAUUCCCACCAAGAUUAACAAGGGUACUGUUGAAAUUAUCACUCCUGUUGAGCUUAUCAAGAAGGGUGAUAAAGUGGGAUCUUCUGAAGCUGCUUUGCUUGCUAAGCUUGGGAUUAGGCCAUUCUCAUAUGGUCUUGUGGUCUUGUCUGUCUAUGACAAUGGGUCUGUCUUCAGCCCUGAGGUUCUUGACCUGACUGAAGAUGAUCUCGUUGGGAAGUUUGCUAUGGGAGUUUCCAUGGCAACUUCAUUGGCAUUGGCCGUCUCCUAUCCAACGUUGGCUGCUGCACCACACAUGUUUAUCAAUGGCUACAAGAAUGUGUUGGCUGUUUCUGUUGCAACUGACUACACCUUCCCCCAGGCUGAAAAAGUGAAGGAGUUCUUGGCGGUAUGUAGUGUUAGAUAUUUAUUAACUUCUAGUUCACUUUUCUUUGGAGUGCCCUUCUGUGAUUCACCUUUUUUGUCUUGAAUGUAUUCCAGGAUCCUAGUAAGUUUGCUGUUGCUGCUGCUCCUGCUGCUGCUGCUGAUUCUGGUGCUGCACCUGCUGCUGCCAAAGAGGAAGAGAAGAAGGAAGAGCCAGCUGAAGAGUCUGAUGAUGAUAUGGGAUUCAGUCUCUUUGAUUAAAUGUAGCUGGAAGUUUUAUCAUAUGAAUUGACAAUAUUGUUCAUUUGGUCUCUGGAGGCUUUUGUGGAACCAUGUUUUAGAUUGCGUUGGUUUUGUUAUUUGGUAGUGAAAUCACAAUUUAAGUACAUCUUCUGUUUUUGGCGUAUACUUUCUUUUUGCAUUUUAAUAUUUUGCAUUUCCAUCGUAUUCACAGUUGUGUCUCCUGUUGAUUUUCCUUGCAAGUUUGAUAUUUGGGGUUUACUUAAGAGUAUUUGAUUUUGUUUCUGGCAAAUUUUAGGCAUGGGUUUCGCUUGCCUUAAUUUGGCCUGAUACUCGUUGAGUCCUCACUCGCCGUGUUAGAUAUAACCUGUUUUGACUUAAAUGUGUAAGAAUCGGAUCACCAUGUCAGCUUCUUUGUUGUGAAAGG